CAGCGUCGCGGUUCCCAGCAAAUCGGGUCAGAAAUAUUUCAACUUCUGUAGAGCAUUGCGCUGAUUCUCACAGGGCAACAGCGCGGUGAUCUGUGAAACGACUGGUGUCGAAACCACGCAUGUGCCACAUCGACCCAGAAGAGCUAUAUACCCUGUGCGCAUGCGUAACGCAGAGUAUCGCUUCGUGUGUGGUAGUACUCUUCUUUAACUCUCCCAAACAGGCUUAUGAAGAAAAUCAAGGACCGCUUGUAUCGCGCGAGUUGCCUCAGCACAGUGGCAAAGCAAGUAAUAGACCAAUUCCUUACUCGAAUCUGGUACCUGUCAACUUAGGGAGGAUGGGACGUUCCUCCAAGGACAAGCGUGACAUUUACUACCGCCUGGCCAAAGAAGAGGGAUGGCGAGCCCGCAGCGCAUUCAAACUUCUGCAACUGGAUGAGGAAUAUCAUUUGUUUCAAGGUGUCUCCAGGGCUGUGGAUCUCUGUGCAGCUCCUGGGAGCUGGAGCCAGGUUUUAAGCCGAAAGCUCAAAGGAGAAGACGCUAAAAACUCAGAUGUCAAAAUAGUGGCUGUAGAUUUGCAAGCCAUGGCUCCAUUGCCUGGUGUCAUCCAAAUCCAGGGGGACAUUACCAAGGUCUCUACAGCCAAGGAGAUCAUUUGCCAUUUUGAGGGGCAGCCGGCUGACCUGGUGGUGUGUGAUGGAGCCCCUGAUGUGACUGGACUCCAUGACAUAGAUGAGUACAUUCAGGCCCAACUACUGCUCGCUGCCCUGAACAUCACAACACAUGUGCUAAAGAAGGGAGGGACGUUUGUAGCAAAGAUAUUCCGAGGGAAGGACAUCACCCUUCUGUAUUCCCAGCUGCGGCUUUUCUUCCCUGUUGUGACGUGCGCCAAACCCCGAAGUAGCCGCAACUCCAGCAUUGAGGCCUUUGUUGUUUGCCAAAACUACAGCCCCCCUGAGGGCUAUGUGCCAAACAUGUCCAAUCCCUUGCUGGAUCACUGUUACGAUGUGGAUUUUAACCAGUUGGAGGGCCCUAAUCGGGUCAUUGUCCCCUUCCUGGCUUGUGGAGAUCUGAGUGCUUACGAUUCCGACCGGACGUACCCUUUACAGCUGGAUCCUGAGAAGAAAUAUACUUAUGUACCCCCCACUCAGCCUCCCAUCCGCCCUCCCUACGAAGAGGCCUGCUUCUUAAAGAAACACAAUCUCCUCACCAAGGAGCAAAUGCCCCAACCUCAGCAGGAAACCGCCCCCUGCGAGCCUCCACAGCAGCAAGAGCAGGGGGCUGUGUGCCUUCCUCUAGAGGCCAAGGUCAUGGAAGAACUGUCGAUGUGAUAUAAAAGCUGAAGGCAUGCACACUGGCCCUCUGUUGGCUGGAAGGACUUUUCAUUUAAUUCUUCUUGGUUUCCUUGUAUUGUAUAGUAUAGGAUUUCCUGUUUUAUCCCUAGCCAAAGUUGCAUUGCUUUUCAUAAAGUCUGGUUACUUGUUCAAA